AUGUUGAGACCGGAGCUUGUCGCCAUUGCCCUUGCCUUCUGCGUCUCUGGGCGCCCGGAUUGCAGCCCAGGCACCUGCCAAACCCUUCGGCCCUACUUCAAGUGUGAGUUUGACGGGCGGGGCACAGCAGGAGGCGGGAAUACAAUUGCAACAGCGAAGUGCAACCCUGCUACAGACAUUGUAGUGAGAACAAGCUUUCAACUCCCAUCCCAUGUCGACAAUGGCAGCCAGCCACUUUUCUUCAACCGAAUGGAGGCUUUCACAAUCUUGAAAGACCUGCCAUUUUAUUCUGGUGAGGAACGUUUCGUAUUCCAGGCCUUGGCUUAUGGAUUCGCUAAUGAUAAUCGGUACCUCAGACGUUGGAUCGCAAAGGAAGAGAUUCUGCAGGAACACACUUGGCGGGAGCACUUGUUUUGGAAGACGCGACUUGUCUUUGAAGUUGCGUCGCCUGCAGCAGAAUGCCAAUUCUGCAUGCAUGUGUCCCUGCCACUGUAUCAACUGAGCCAAGACGGACCAGAUCAUCAGAAACUCGAACACAAAGCUGAUGAAUUCAUCGUGCAGGUGUCAGUGAUGCAACGGGUUGUGGCCGUGGAGCUUAGCGCUCUCCCGCUGCAAGACCUGCUCCAAUUCCUCAUUGGCUAUGUGCAAGACCUCACUGCUCUGGCACAUGCAAGGAUUUGGCACGAUUGCCACAUCGGCAACGUGCUGAUGCAGCAGCCGGAAGGACAGGAUGUCACGUUCUACUGGCACGAUUUUGCAGGUUCUUCCUUUGGGAAUUCCAAACCAAGAGCAGAGGUGCUACAGGAGUUCAUCAGGAAGAUGAGCGAAACCAUCAAGUUCACGGCAGGCAGACUUCAUGCCCACGAUCCGACGCUGUCGAUUCCGAGCUUGUCCGUGGAUAUAUUCUCCCCGGGCAUCACCGCGGAGAUCUUGCAGAGGCAUCUUCGUGAGUUCAAUUUGGAUGUGCAAAGACAUGUGCUCGGUUGGAGCGGAGAUUUAAGACUUCGCCAGGCAGUUCUUCGCUCACUGGGCAAGGUACUUUCCCCAAGACGUUAUGAGGAAUUGCAGCUGGAGCUGAUGAAAGGCAGUGCCGCCCCGCAACCACCCCCAGCAGUGUGGGUCUGUCAGCUGGGAAGCCCUGAUGGCAAGGACUUUGAGAUCGUCGGCAACGCAUUCAAAAUCACUGCUAGUGUUUCAAAUGUGGAUGAUCUUAAAGAAGCCAUCAAGCAGAAGAAGCCAAAUACAGUGUCUUGUGAUGCAGAUGAACUGGACAUAUACAGCCGGCAGGACGGCCGCUGGGUCAAGGAAGCCAAGAUGUCAGCAAGUCUGCGCGACACAGAUGAGGCAGACUGCUACGGAUUCAUGUUACCAGCUGGAGCUGCUGGAGCCGCAUAG